UCACGGCCGGCGCGAGAUUUUGCCGGUCACCCUCAGCUUCAUAUUCAUAUGAUAACCAAAAAAGAGGGUUUGCUCUUUCUCUUUGGUCUCUUUUUCCCUUCCAGAUUUUUCUCACUACCAUGGAUCCUGGACAAACAUUGUACCAGAAAGCACUUCGCAGUUUUCUGCUGACGAAAUAUACGACUGCAGCGUCCACUUGUUACAAGGCCGUGCAAAGUUUACCACCGAAAGAAGCGGACAGCGACAAGGACACGGAAGACUUGAGACUGGCUAUUUGGACAUUAUAUCUCAACAUUGCCACGACACUGCUGACACAAACACAACUAACGCCACACAUUACCAAAUUAUUUGGACUUGCUCCUACCGCGGCUCAAUCCAACGAGCAUUUUGGUCAUGCUCUCUGGACAAUGGUUGCUCAAAUGUACGGCGAUGCUGGUCACGUCGACCCCAGACUCGUGUCUGCUUGCCUGGUGAUGGCAUUGAAACUCGAUAUACCCAGUGUGGGACGACAAAUUGCAGAACAAUGGUAUGCUAGUAUGCCUGAUACGACCAUGGAUCAUCUUGCUUUUGUGCAAGCCGACCCCGAUUCCUUUUUCGAAGCUUACAUCGAUACCAUCCAUCUCUACGUCACUCGCAUUCUCCCUCUGUUGCGUGAUUUUGAAUCGGCCACUACCUUUGUCGAAUUCAAUUCUUUUCUAUCAGAUGAGAAGAAGGAACACUUGCAGCAGCUGAUUAAAGAGUGUCAGCAUACCGAAGAACGGGACCGACAGAAAAAAUUGGAAGCGGAACAAAAAGCAGCAAUCGAGGCUAAACAGCGGGCUGAAGCCGAAGAACAGAGACGAAAAGAAGCGGAAGCAGAAAGGCUGGCCACUGAAGCUGCCGCCGCAGCGCAUAAAGCGGGCAAACCGAAUGCGGAAAAUAGCGAAAUGGCGAGUAAGAAUGAAGCCAUGGAAAGACGACUAUCAAAUGCCACCACUUCGGCGCCUUCCACCUCUUCUACCAACAAUGUCACUUUACCGCCACAGCAAACCAUUCACCUCAGCCGAAAAUCGAGUUCCCCGGAUCGCAGCCUAACCAUUAUCAAGGCGUGGUUCCAACAACUGUUCAGGAACGGAUCGAUGGGUUACAUUGCUAUUUUGAUUGCGGUUUUUGCUUUGGUGGGAAUGCUGCGUGGACAACGAUCGCCAAUUUCGCAAGCGGCCAAGGCGAUUUUCACAAAGCUGUGGCAAACUGUACGUAUGGGCACCAAAGUCACUUAUAUGUAGAUUAACUGUAUACAGAUAAAGCAAAACCGACACUUUUUUUUAUUACUCGGAAUUCCUUUGUAUAACACUGCAAAAAUAAAUAUCCACGCCUAUGACUUGUAAGAACUGUAAUUUCAC